AUGUCGGUGGCAUCUAUGUCUUCGAUGUCUAUGGACGAAUCACUAGAUUUCGUACCGUCAAGACCAGUACCGGCAAAGCCACCAAAACGAUUAUCAACCAUGACCCAAAUUGCAGUCAGCGCGGCAGUCUCACCAAUUGACGCAGUGCAGGAAGCGACUGCCUUGAGUGGCUCAGAAAGUGACGAACAUCAACACACAGGGCAGUCACCAUCCCGACGCCGUGGUAGCUUUUCCUUCCUCACUCGUUCCAAAUCACACGAAGUCCCAGUCAUCCGCAGCCCAUCAGGACGCAAGAUGCUACGCAACAAGAAACUCCGCGAUCAGGAGGAGCGCCGUCGUCAAGAACAACAGAUGCCAACGGUAUCUCACUCGCCUCCUACCUUACCCAUGCUGCCAAACAUGGAGCCAAUUGAAGGCGCACGCCCCGAUUCCAUCGCAAUUGUAUCUGGAAGAGGGUACGACUAUCCUCGCCCUCCGGUUCCAGCCAACUUCUCUCGUCCCAAGCAGGCCAGCACGUCAUACUCUUAUAUGCCAUCAAUGUCUUCGAGCGGCAGUCUGAACGCUCCCAAUCCUUACGGGGUCCCAUUGCCUGCCAUGCCCGACUCUCUACCUCGCACCGAGAGCAUCGUCAGCCGCGGCAGAGAGACUUACGCUCCUAGCAUCUCAGCAAACAUGCAUUCCCCUCGUAGAAUGCGCCGCAGAAAGGAGCCCGAGGCUUUCAAGUACGCCCCUCACCCUCUUCUGCUUUCUUCUCUUUACAACGACUUACAAUUCCUCAAAACCGCAUUGGCCCUACCACCACACAAGCAGACACGCGGACAUACGCCUCCGCCUCAUACACAGAUCGAGUCUCCUUUCGAACCAACAUACAUCGAGACUGACAUUGAAGGAGAGCGCAUCGGUCUUACGCUCUGGGAUUCUCAAGGCCUGGAAAAGAGCAUCAUCGAUCUUCAGCUUCGCGAUCUAGCAGCCUUCGUCGAGUCCAAGUUCGAGGAUACCUUCACUCAGGAGUCGAGAGUCGUUCGCACACCUGGAGUCAAGGACACCCACAUUCACUGUGUUCUCCUGUUACUCGAUCCUGCUCGUCUGGAUUCUACUAUGCACUCUGCGGAUCACUCAUCGGCUAAGAAGCCCUCAGGUGCUGAAGACGAGUCGUUGGAUCUCGAUGUCAUAAGAGCCCUUGAAGGGAAGACGACCGUCAUUCCAAUUAUCGCCAAGGCCGACACCCUCACUGCCGCGCAUAUGGCUCAUCUCAAGCGUCUGGUCUGGUCUAACGUUAAGCACGCAAAGCUCGAUCCGCUACAGGCCCUGAAUUUGGAUGAUGAGGAAGAAGAUGAUGAGUCGCCUGACUCAGAGGCUCUUGAGGGUGACUUCUCGAGUUCUGAAUCUGAGCUGCAACAUGCUGCCCUUCCACCUCCACGCAAGACCACCGAGCAUAUCAACGAUGAAGACAGCGAUACUGUGGAUACCUCCUUCUCGCCGAUUAGAAAGACGUCGAGAGCGAUGCUCGGUGCAGUCUCUUCCAAACGUGCCGACUCUUGCACCCCUGCACCUGAAGAGUUGUUCCUUCCAUUCUCCAUCUUGAGUCCAGAUCCGCACACCUCACCAGGUGCUAUGACGCGUGUGUUCCCAUGGGGCGAGGCAGACCCUUGCAACCCUGCUCAUUGCGACUACAUCCGUCUUCGAGAGUGCGUUUUCGGCGACUGGCGUUCUGAUCUACGUGCCACUUCCCGUGAGAAAUGGUACGAGAACUGGCGCACCAGCCGACUCAAGCGUAACACUGCACCUCGUGUCCGAGUUUCUGGUGGCGUCACUCCCAUCUCUGCUGUCCCUAAGGAGGGUCGCACUGUUUCGCCAACUCUUACGACCAGAUCUCGUGCUGUCAGCACCUCUAAGCAAUCAUCGAGAGUGUACGACGAAAUGCCAGAGAGACCUCGCACGAUGAGCACUAGCAAGGCCGAACGUAUCAACAUCCUCAACGCGACACCCUUGUCCCGCGUGACCAUCAUCUCGGUCGACACAUCUAAGAAUCCAAACAGCCGAAACAGCUCAAUCAAGAAGAUACAGAAUCCGGUUGUCCUCCCAGAUCCAAACAUGGCUUCCCAAUCCAACUUCGACACCGCCAAGCUGGAAGACCUUUCUAAAGAAGAUAUUCUCAAGAUUCAGCAUGACCUCGGAGCCAGAAUCCGCGACCAUAUCGAAAAGGUGGUUGCCGCCGGGAUCGAACUAAGGAAGAUCGAAAAGCGUCUCGAGGAGGCGGGAGCUUGCGUCAAAGCUGCUCUCGCCUCGCUCGAAGCCGAUGGUUACAUUGUCAAGGACGAUGAAGUCGUUGGUCACCAUGGAGGAGAGACCAAGUGA